AUGACCCUUCUAUCAGAGGACCAGUCUGUGAGGCCCCAGGCCUGCCGGGUCCCGGAGCCUGGCAAACACACUUCUUUGCACCAGUACUCAACAGACUACUCCAAAGAGGACUACGUGGACAGUGUGGACAGUGCUGUGUUCGGCGCAGUGGAGCCCCCCAGGCGCUCCCGGGGGCGCCUCAUCCUCCACGGCCUGGUCAUGUUCGGAAGGGAAUUCUGCUACGCCGUGGAGGCAGCGUUCGUCACACCCGUGCUCCUGAGCGUGGGUCUUCCUCGCAGCCUGUACAGCCUGGUGUGGCUGAUCAGCCCCAUCCUGGGCUUCCUGCUGCAGCCCAUCAUCGGCUCGGCCAGCGACUACUGCCGCUCGUCGUGGGGCAGGCGGAGGCCUUACAUCCUGGUCCUGGGCAUCCUCAUGCUGCUGGGAAUCACCUUGUUCCUGAACGGGGAUGCUGUCAUCUCAGCGCUGAUCACGGACAGGUCGCAGAAGAGUGUGUGGGCCAUCGUGGUGGUGAUGUUCGGCGUCGUGCUGUUCGACUUCGCCGCAGACUUCAUCGACGGGCCCAUCAAGGCCUACCUGUUCGACGUGUGCUCACAUCAGGACAAGGAAAGAGGCCUGCACUACCACGCUCUCCUCACAGGUCUGGGCGGAGCGUUUGGCUACCUGGUGGGUGCGAUGGACUGGGGUCACUCGGUGAUCGGGCAGCUCCUGGGCACCGAGUACCAAGUCAUCUACUUCUUCUCAGCGUUGACCUGGGGCAUCUUCCUCACCAUGCACCUGUUCAGCAUUCCAGAGCAACCUCUGGACAAGGUGUCCCCUGCCCCUGACCUGUCACCUCCCAGUGCCCUCCGCCUACUGGGCUCCCACAGCAACGGCUACGGGGCGCUAACCAAAGAGCCCGUCUCUCCUGUAGUCCCGUGUGUCACAGACCUCAGGCCUCGGUCUUUCUCUGCACUGGGGGAGGCCAACUCUGUGACCUCCAGCGCCAAGCAGCCAAACAAGGAGGCCCAGAAGAGGAUGACAUUCAGGUCACUGAUGAAAACCGUCAGCAAUAUGCCGAGCCACUACCGCUACCUGUGUGUCAGUCACCUGCUGGGAUGGACAGCUUUCCUCUGCAACAUGCUCUUCUUCACUGAUUUUAUGGGACAGAUUGUCUACAAGGGAAAUCCAUAUGCAGACCAUAACUCCACAGCCUACAUCACGUAUGAGAGAGGGGUGGAAGUGGGCUGCUGGGGACUGUGUAUCAAUGCCGUGUCUUCUGCUCUCUACUCCUAUGUGCAGCGGUGCCUCCUCCCGUACAUCGGCCUGAAGGGAUUAUACUUCAUGGGCUACUUUAUGUUCGGCAUGGGCACCAGCCUGAUCGGCCUCUUCCCCAACAUCAUCGCCACGCUCAUCCUCUGCAGCGUGUUCGGCGUCAUGUCCAGCACGCUCUACACCAUCCCGUUCAACCUGAUAGCCGAGUAUCAGCGCGAGGAAGAGGAGCAACUGAAGCUGCGAGGAAACACUGAAACCCCGCGGGGCACCGGCGUGGACUGCGCCGCGCUCACCUGCAUGGUCCAGCUGGCUCAGAUCAUCGUGGGCGCGGGGCUCGGCGCUCUGGUCAACAUGGCGGGAAGCGUGAUCGUUGUGGUCCUCUCGGCGUCGACCAUGUCUCUGUUUGGCUGCAUCUUCAUCGCCCUCUUCAUCAGAUAUGUGGAAUGAUACUGCUUAUAUAAAAAAAAGUAUUUUUAAGCUAUUGUUUUAUUAAAUAAAGAUUCUUUAUUAUAUCCUUAAA